AUGACAUCAGUAACAGUGACCACAGACGUUUCCCCGAGGGGUAAGAAAGAAGUUAGUGCUGCUUUGUAUGAGUCCACGUCGGCUCACAUAAUCGAAGAAACAGAAUAUGUGAAAAAGAUUCGAACUACUCUGGAAAAGAUCCGAAAUCAAAUGUUUAAAGAUGAAGUUGGACAUAACAAUACAAAUAACACAUUAGAUGCAAAGCACUGUACAAACAUUCAAAAUGGCUCUGAACGUGAAAUGCACCCCUCUUGCUGCAGUUUUGAUGGGCUCAUGGAACGGAUGAGAGGAAAAGAUCUACAGCUCUUAGAAAUGAACAAAGAAAAUGAAGUACUGAAAAUCAAGCUGGAAGCUUCCAGAGAAGCUGGAGCAGCAGCUCUGAGAAAUGUGGCCCAGAGAUUAUUUGAAAACUAUCAACGUCAGUCUGAAGAAGCUAGAAAAAAGCAUGAGGACAGUAAACACUCACUCCAGGUUAAUAAGCUUGCAAAAGAACAGACAUUGAAACAGCAUGUUGAAAAUUUGAAUCAAGUUGCUGAAAAGCUUGAUGAAAAACACAACCGACUCACAGAAUUGGAGAACCUUGUACAGAAAAUGGAAAAGGAAAAGAGAACACUGCUAGAAAGAAAAGUGUCUUUGGAAAAGAAGCUGCUGCAUCUCAGAUCCAACGCUGGAUAUGCUAAAAGAGGAAAGACUCAGAUCAGCCUAGUACCUCUUCCAAAAUUGAGGAAACUGAUGAUGUUGGUCACCCUGCCUUGUCAGCCAACCAGUGGCCUUUGGCAGAUGGAAGGGUUAAAAAAUAAUGUAAAAGAGCAAGAUAAAAGAAUUGAAAAUCUGAAGGAAAAAAUUAACAUACUUGAAGCCCAGUACUUGACAAUUCGAAUAACUGACGUUUAUUUUGGAAAAAAUCCAAAUAACUUCUAG